AUGGCUAACUCGACUCAGAACAGCUCCGCCACUCCUACUCCUCUCGUUGGCGUUGAAGCAGCCGUGCGUGCUGCAGCAGAUCCAACCAUCUCUCCGAUACCCACGUUGCUACAGAAGGAGUUCUCCCUUGAAGGAAGAGUCGCUAUCGUCACUGGUGGUCGCCGAGGACUUGGACUCGAAAUGGCUGCAGCACUUGCAGAAGCUGGUGCAACUGUAUACUGUCUAGCAGCCAGUGAAGCGCCGACCGAAGACUGGUUGGCAACCCAAGCAUACAUCUCUAAGCUCAGCCUCGUGAAGAGCGCCCGUCUCGAAUAUGCUCGGGUGGACGUCUCUAAUCAGACUGCAGUUUGGGAAGUCAUAGAAGCGAUUGCUAAGAGGGAAGGACGACUCGAUAUUUGCGUUGCGAGCGCCGGUAUUGCAGAAUUCGUGCCGUGCCUUGAUAUGACUGCGGACCAAUACGAAAGGAUCAUGAACGUCAAUGUGAAUGGCCUGUUCUACACUGCACAGGGAGCCGCAAGGCAAAUGAAGAGACUUGAAACACCGGGGAGCAUAGUGCUUGUGACAUCUGCAGCGGGAAGCGCCGCGGUGCGGGGAAUUCCAGUCGCAGCGUAUAGUGUAACAAAGGCCGCUGGUAUCCAAAUGGCGCGCUCUCUAGCAUGCGAACUCGGACUGUAUGGAAUCAGAGUGAACUCUCUGUCGCCAGGAUAUUUCCCAACAGAUAUCCAUUCUAAUAUCGAGGGUAUGGACGAAAUGCAUGAGUUCUGGAAAUCACAAAAUCCACCUGGACGAGCUGCAAAACCCGCAGAGUUAAGAGGAGUUAUCGCAUGGCUAGCGUCCGACACAUCGUCAUUUUGCACAGGAAGCGAUAUAAUUGUAGAUGGUGGACACCGUGCUUGGUGA